UCCUUCGAAUGUGUGGCGCGGAAUGGUUUUCAUGCUUUUCCAUACGCUGGUGACUUUUUUCCAGGUUUCUUUCUUUCUUUUUUUUUACUUACAGUUGAAGUUCUCCUGAUAUCAUUAUGAUAAAAUGUUUUCUGUUAGUCAAAAUUGCUGGUUUAUACGAAAGGUUGUUACUUGGAGAGCUGUAGCCAGUAUUGCGUGGUCGGUGCUGCUUCUGCCUGUCACAACAACACUUUUUGUGUUUCUUGUUAGACUUAGUUUAUUCCACCCCGUCCAGUGGAUUGCAGAAUGCUUUGCUCUUUUGACUGCCCCAAGUACCAUCUUUCCCCUUUUCCUGCUUUCUGGAGUGGUACUUGUGAUUGGCUUUUUCAACUUGAAAUAUUACACAGUUGUCCCCUCCAUCCCUUGCUCGCGAGUGGCUCUCCUGGCAAAAUUGCUUCACCCACGGCAGUGCGUCCACUCACUGGUACACUGCGCUGUCGGCAUGGUGGUGAUGUGGUGCGCCUCCGUCAUCGCUGGCGUCCGGUAUCGUACUCUCAGCUCCCCUUGUACUGGAAGUGAGAGUGGCAGUGUUCCUGAGACAUGUCUAAAUGAGUAUCACCUGUUCUUCCUACUGGCUGGAGCUUUCAUGGGAUACAGUCACAGUUUCCUGGGAGUGGUCCAAAACAUGAACUACGUGUCCUUUCAGAUCAUACUGCAAUAUAAGUACAUGCGCUUUAAGGGAUCUCUGGCAUCUGUGGUGAAAUGCGGUGCCCUUCAGUCUUUACAUUCAGUGAGGAAUUAUGUUGCCCUUUACUAUUUCUUUGGACAUCUUCCCAGGGCAUGGAUCUUGAACAUGCUGAAUCUUCAGAUGGACAGCGCUCUCUGUUCCUUGGACUCCUUGGCUGGGCUGCUGGAUCCCUCACUGCUGUACCACCUUUGGAUUAGUGGUACCUUCUUGCUGCUCACCUGGUACAUCACUGUGCUGCUGUUCAGGAUCUAUGUCACAGAGCCUUACAGAUUCCCAGUACAGUCCACAUUUGCUGAGGACACAGACCAGUGUCUUCCUAAAGUCCUGACUGAAAAGGAUGUCUUGGUUAUGAAGUUCCUGGCCCUGCAGGAUCUGGCUUUGCUGGCCCGGUAUUCCCCUUCAUGCAGACAAGAAGUCUUCAGUCUAAGUCAGCCAGGUGGCCACCCUCAUAACUGGAACGCCAUCAGCAAGGAGUGCCUGGCGCUCUUGGGCGAGUUAACUCAACGCCUUGUUGCUCAUCAUGAUACCGUGGCUUCCAAUGGCCGAGCGAAGCGUCCAUCUGUCAGCAGCGAUGCCAGAUCUGUCUCCUCAGGGAACUCGGUGAUGUCUGGGGCAGAGGACCUGCUGCAGACUCCUCAUCCAAGUUCCAUAAUCAAGACCCCUGGCUCAGUCUUCAAGUCUUCCAUGAUGGGUUUGAGCAGCCCCAUGACUGUCCCCUUUACGCCAGACCUGGAGAGCCCCUUCUCCAGCCCCGCCGUCCGCCGGCUGGCAGGGCACCAGGUGCCACCCUCACCCUGGUACGGCUCAGUGCAGAGCCCGCAUGUCAUGAGGAGAGGCCCCAAACUCUGGAGCACCUCCACAGACUCUCAGGCCAACGGCAGUCCACCACCAACCCCUGCUCCUACACCCAGCACUCUGCGUCCAGAACAGAAGUCCAGUUUCCUUGCCCAGUGGCUCCAGAACAGGAAGGAACAGGUUAAAAGUUUCUUGACAAAGCGGGUGAUGAUAGCCUAUUUAUUUAAUAAGCUUCCAGAAGCUUCAAGCCAAGCUUUGUUUGCUGACAGCCAAGCUCACAUUUGGGCCCUGGAAGGAUUGUCUCAUCUGGUGGCAGCUUCUUUUUCUGAGGACAAGUAUGGAGUAGUACAGACUACAUUACCCAGCAUUCUCAGUUGCAUGCUGACCUUGCAAGAGGCUGUGGACAGGCACUUCAAGCUCCCUCACGCUUCUAGCAAGCCAGUGAAGACUACCUGCAGUAUGGGAGACGCCACAUACAAAACCCUCCGCUUUGCCUUGAGAGCGGCACUGAAGACGGCCAUCUACAGGAUAACAUCCACAUUUGGAGAGCACUUGAAUGCCGUCUGUAUAUCAGUGGAGCAUCAGAAAAGACUUCAGCAGUUCAUGGAAUACAGAGAGUAGUGCAUGAGCUACCCCUCCACUUUCUUCCAUGUCAUGUGCUAUACAGAUGCACUUCAGAUGCGUUUGAAUCGGGUCCCUUUGUGCGAGCUGCGGACAUUAGGAGAUCUCUAGAGAAACCGUGUAAUUUGCCAAAAUCAUAAAUGCAGGUGUUCAUGCUGAUGCUCAGUGGAUCACUCGGUGCCUAAUGUACUGUGCUUGAGUUGAUCUGAAUAUAUGAUUCAGCUCCAUGUUUUGUAACACAAUAAGUUAGUUUUGUCUUCUUAGAGAAGUGUUUUGUUCCUCCUUUCUUUUUCUUUCUGGCAUGGAAAUUAAAGGUCAGUACUAUCUGAUGUGAAGAUAUUCUCCUAAAUAACCCUAAAAGUUAUUUUAGCAGAUUUUUGGGAAGUUGAUGAAAUCAUGAUGAGGUUUGAAUGUACUGCUCUACUUCACUAGGACUAUUCCAGACACAUCUCGGAAACAGUACACACAACUCGGUGGUUGUCCAUCUUUGGCCGUUCAACUACAGUUUUUGAUCUGUUUAACUGCACUUUGUUCUUGCUACAAGCGUCAAGACAGAGUAUUCUACAGUUUACCAUUGCUGUAGUUAUGACUGGUCCGACUAAGUAUUAACGUAUCAAUUUUCAUUCCUUUGUAAAGAAAUCUGAUGGUGAUGAGUGUCACAUUUAAAAAUACUUUGGUAUUCUGGCUUUAUUGAAAGUUAAUAAACUUUUUUAUGUGUUCUGUA